CGACAUACUCCGUCACGGGCGCUCCCAUGCGACGCACCACUGCUUGUAUGAAGGCUGCACACGGACGUUCGUAACCGCGAUCGACAAGUGGCAGCACAUGGGACACUGUCAAAAUAUUACAGAAUCCGGGGCCGCGGUUAAGCGUAAGCAGUCCGCCGAAAGUCCUAACGAUGGCAAGUCAAUCAAAAGAAGAAAACCAAACCAUGGUAAGCCCGAGCCAGAAUAUAUGAUGCUGGAGGUACCCCUAGUAUACGAAGGUGAGAUCUCAGAAGUGGUCCGCAUGUGGACUCUAUCUAUACCCCUGACAUAUUAGAUGCGCUACACCAUCCUCAACAUGAACAUGGGGAGACGAUCUUGCAGCCCAUGGGCGAAGACGGUACAAAAUCAUAUGAGCAAAGUGGCCUCGUGCAUCAUCAAGACAAGGCGGAGGGAGAUCACGAAGGGACGAAGUGGGAUCAUAAUUUCAUUAAUGCUUCUUGUUAUAAAAUGAAUAAGGAGAUAGUUGACGAACUUCUUUCGGGGGAUCGGGGGCUUUCCGCCCAAUAUUUGGGGAAAAUCCCCGUUUAUCCU